AUGCCAUUUUCGACGCCAUACGAUCUCUACGUUCAACAACCCAAAUUGAUUUCUGCUGAGAUGGAUCCGAGUGUGCUUUGGUGUCUCGGGCCAGACUUUGACAAACACACCGUUUUAAGUUUACUUGGCGAGAAUAACCCGAUGGAUACGGGUCUCAUGCAACCCACCACACCUACAUGGUGGAUGUCUAGUCCAUCUCAAUGGAACACAUCAUCAAUGCCGGAUCCAUCUGUCUAUACACCUCGUUCAGUAAUGAGUGAACUCGGCUCUCAAUCGCCUACGAGUGGUGCAGCAAAACGACCGUUCUCUGAUGUCACCAACCGAACAAAUAGUCGACAAUUUACCAAUACUCAACCAAUCAAUAAAUUGGAAUUUUCUACACCUGUUCGAUCCAUAACACCGGAUUUGUACAGUCGAGUGCCUUCAUCAAUUAAACGAUCACGUAUUACACCUGCAUUAGCAUCUACUUAUGAAACACCACCACCUCCAGCACCGUUUCCAUCGACGACAUCAACGACUGAUUCAGCUGAACGAGCUCUGGAAAUUGCUCUACUACUCAAGGAGCAUCCCGAUUGUACUUGCGUACUCGUGACAUUGAUUCAAGAAUAUCAAAGCCGAUUUCAAAAGCCACUUCACGUCAGUGAAUUGUACACAAUGAAACACGUCAUUGAUAUUCAAGACUACGGUGGCAAUCGAGUAGCUCGUCUCCUACCUGCAUUUCGUGUACGUUUCGAUGAAAACAACAUGCAGAGUCAUUUGGAACAACCAUAUUGUAUAAUGCAUUGUCCAAAAAAUUUCAUUGUCAAUCCCGAUCUUGAUUUACCGUUCGUUCAAAUCUCAUUUGCAACAUUUGCCGAAAAUGUUCGUCAAUUAUUAACCCAACAUAGCGGUUCAAUGCCUUUAGCGAGUUUUCCUCAAUGUUAUAUCAAUAGUUUCGAACCAUUGAUCGAUCACAAUGAUGGUGUGCCACUUGAACAUUAUAUAUCAUGUAUCAAAGACGUUCAAAUUGUUACAGGACAAGGAGUUAUCAAAAAAGUGCAAUUUUCUAACACACCAGGCGUAUCAUUCAUGCCAACGCCAUUUGAUACAUCGAACAUGCAUGUCGAAAUGUGUGCAGAAGUGCAACAACGUUUGCAACAAUUUUCACGUGAAGUUCUUGAUCUACUAAAAAAUCAAGGAUCUCAUUGUCGUUUACCUGUUUCGAAAUUUGUUUCUGCUUAUCAUCAAUACUUCAGUCGACAAUGUCGCGUAGCUGAUUAUGGUUUUUCGAAAAUUAUCGAUCUUUUACUUGCAAUUCCCAAAUCAAUUCAAAUUCUUGGCGAUGGGAAUAAGCGCAUCAUGACGAUCACACAUCGUUGUCAAAUGAAACGAUUUACUAAUGAUAUUAUUCGUAUUUUGAAAAAUAAACCACAACGAUCAAUGUCUAUCAGUGAAAUUCCGAUUGAAUACGAAAUGGCGUACAAAAAAUCGUUCUUUGUUGCUGAUUUCGGUAUGUGCUACUUGGAAGAUCUUGUUAAUGAAGUUAAAGAUAAUAAAGAAUUGGUCGUCGAAGCUGAUAAAAAUAUUAUUAAACUUUAUCGUAAAGAACGAACUGAUUUAGAAAUUUAUGCAACACGUAACUUUGAGAAAGAUGUGAUCGAUAUGCUUCGCAUUUUACCUGAUUUCAGUAUUCCAUUUCAAAAAUUUAUUCCAUCUUAUCAUCAUCACUUCGGUUAUCAAUGUAAAGUACAAACAUAUGGCUUCAGUCGAUUAAUUGACUUACUUGAAGAACUUUCACAUGUUGUCAAGAUUAAUGAAGAUAAAAAUGGCGAAAAAAUUGUUCAAUUAACACCAACAAUGAUGGCACAUGCAAUUCUAUUAAACAUCGAACAACUUGUUCGUAAACCACACGGUCCUAUUAAGCUGAAAGAUCUCCAAGCACAAUAUUUACAAGUUUAUCGAAAUGAACUCAGUCCUGAAGAUUUCGGCGUAGCCAGUAUUGAAGCACUGCUUCUGACAAUGACAGAUAAACUUGAUUUUCAUUACACUGAAUCCGAUAUCACAGUUGCAAUGAAAGAACCCAAUCCCGCAACGGUUCAAUUAGCCAAAAAUGUGGUACUCACCUUAAUGUUAUCUCAAUGUCAAUUGUCUUUCUGGCAAUUGAAACAAGAUAUGCUUGUUCGAUUUAAACAAGAUGUGACAUUGAAUAUGUGUCGCAACGAACUACGAGAUUAUGUUGAGGUGAUCGAUCAAACAGUCCGUUUGACUCCGCCGAUGUUUUUCGCUUACAAUGUUGUUCUCCUUCUCAGUCCAUGUGAAGGUCGCAUGGCUUAUGAUGAUUUCAUUGUUGAAUACCAACGUCGAACUGGCUCAACGCACCUUCUCUAUCCAACGGACUACGGUUUUCCGACGAUGCCACGUCUCUUCGAUGCAAUUCAACUUGUUGCACAAGUUCGUGGCCGACGUAAUUUCAAAAUGAUUAUGCUCAAUCCCGAGUUUCGACUCGGUGGAUAUUCUCAACCAACACCUUUCACACCAUCGAUGACACCUUUCUAA